AAAAACAAGUUAUUGAAUCUAAAAACAAAAGAUCUAAAACUUCAACUAACUCUAUUGGAGAUGCUAUUUUAGCAAUGAGUUUGGCGAGAGAAAAAAUGUGGAAAAAAAAAAUUGAAAAAUCAAAAGCACAAACAGAGGUUGAAAAACUUAAAGUUCAAUUAAAACAUAAAAGACAAUUAAAAGAAAUGGAAUUUAAAUAUAAUAAUAAACAAUAA